AUGGAAAAACAUCAUUUGACACAUUUUGUGUUGUUUAGUUUAAUAAUUCUUGUCCCUUGUUUGUGCCUACAAGAUGUUCUGGAUAAUGCUACUACUUCUGUCUAUGUUGUUACUUUAAAACAAGCUCCAACUUCUCAUUCUUAUGGUGUUUUGACAAGGUUGAAUGAUGGUAAUAAUAAUGGGUUCAAAGAUAAUGGAAGAACUCAAUUUCAGAAACCAAGAUAUGGCAAUAUUACAAAGACAGAUAAGAGAUAUGGCUCUUAUGUUACGCGCGAGCACGAUUCUUUGUUGAAGAAAGUGUUGAAAGGAGAGAAAUAUCUGAAACUCUAUAGCUACCAUUACCUGAUUAAUGGAUUUGCUGUGCUUGUUACCCAACAGCAGGCAGAGAGACUAUCAAGGAGCAAUGAAGUGUCUAAUGUGGUUUUGGAUUUUUCUGUUAGAACAGCAACAACACAUACUCCACAAUUUUUGGGUCUGCCACAAGGAGCAUGGUCUCAAAAUGGUGGUUUUGAUACGGCUGGAGAAGGAGUUGUUAUUGGGUUUGUUGACACUGGAAUAGAUCCAUCGCACCCUAGUUUUGGCGAUAAUAUAUCUCAACAACACCCAUAUCCUAUUCCUGCUCAUUUUUCUGGUAUCUGCGAGGUUACUCGAGAUUUUCCUUCUGGCUCUUGCAAUAGGAAACUUGUUGGGGCACGUCAUUUUGCAGCAUCUGCAAUAACAAGAGGAAUAUUUAACUUGACUCAAGACUAUGCAUCUCCCUUUGAUGGCGAUGGCCAUGGCACGCAUACUGCAUCGGUUGCAGCAGGAAACCAUGGGAUUCCGGUGAUUGUUGCUGGACAUCACUUUGGCAAUGCUAGUGGGAUGGCUCCUCGUUCACACAUUGCGGUGUACAAGGCGUUAUACAAGAGCUUUGGAGGAUUUGCUGCAGAUGUUGUUGCAGCAAUUGACCAGGCAGCUCAAGAUGGUGUUGACAUAAUUAGUUUAUCUAUCACUCCAAAUAGGCGUCCUCCGGGUGUUGCAACUUUCUUCAAUCCUAUAGACAUGGCGUUACUGUCAGCUGUAAAGGCCGGUAUUUUUGUGGUUCAAGCUGCUGGAAAUACCGGGCCAUCACCAAUGAGCAUGUCUUCUUUCAGUCCAUGGAUCCUUACUGUUGGUGCUGCCUCUCAUGAUCGGCUUUAUAGUAACUCUAUAAUUCUCGGAAACAAUGUUACCAUACUGGGAGUUGGACUUGCACCUGGCACGGACGAAAACAAACUUUACAAACUGAUUCACGCGCAUGAUGCUUUGAACAAUGACACAACGGUCGCUGAUGACAUCUAUUCAAUUCGAUUUGUGCUCGGCAUUUCCACCAUCAAACGAGCGUCAGAAACAGCCAAGAACCAUAGUGCAGCUGGUGUUGUCUUCUAUAUGGAUCCUUACGUGAUCGGUUUUCAGCUUAACCCAGUGGCAAUGAAAACGCCUGGCAUAAUAAUUCCAUCUACAAAUGACUCAAAGAUUUUGAUGCAAUACUACAAUUCUUCGUUGGAAAUAGACGUGGUUUCGAAGAAAGUUGUUAAAUUUGGGGCAGUUGCUGCAAUCUGUGGUGGACUAAAAGCAAACUACAGUGCUGCUUCCCCAAAGGUUAUGUAUUACUCUGCCAGAGGCCCAGAUCCAGAGGACAGUCUUCCUCGCCAAGCCGACAUUUUGAAACCUAACUUGUUAGCUCCCGGAAACUUUAUAUGGGCAGCUUGGAGUUCUCUUGGAACUGACUCGGUUGAAUUUCAAGGGGAGAAUUUUGCAAUGAUGUCUGGCACAAGUAUGGCUGCACCACAUAUUGCAGGUCUUGCUGCGCUGAUUAAGCAAAAGUUUCCGAAUUUCAGUCCUGCAGCUAUCAGUUCGGCCCUUUCUACUACUGCUUCUCAGAAUGAUAAGAGCGGCGGGCCGAUUAUGGCUCAACGAUCAUACGCCUUUCCAGAUCUGAGCCAAACUUCGGCUACUCCUUUUGACAUGGGAAGCGGUUUUGUGAAUGCAACCGGAGCAUUGAAUCCCGGUUUGAUUCUCGAUACCAGUUACGAUGAUUACAUGUCAUUUUUAUGUGGCAUCAAUGGUUCAGCUCCGGUGGUACUAAACUUCACCGGUCAAAAUUGUUUGCUUUAUAACUCAACUCUUCACGGUCCUGAUCUAAACUUGCCUUCAAUCACUUUAUCAAAGCUAAACCAGUCCACAGUUGUACGGAGAACAGUUCAAAACAUUGCUGGAAAUAAUGAAACUUACAGUGUUGGUUGGACCGCUCCUUUCGGUGUUUCGGUGAAAGUAACUCCAACUCACUUUUCUAUUGCCAACGGCGAAAAACAAGUCUUAUCCGUGAUCUUGAACGCAACCGCGAAUAAUUCUGUUGCGAGCUUUGGGAAGAUUGGACUGUUUGGUAAUCAAGGUCAUACUGUCAACAUUCCGAUUUCGGUUAUUUUUAAAAUCUCAUAUAGUAACAUCACUACUAGCUAA